AAAAUCCGGUCGUCAAUAUCAGACAGAUAUUUAUUAUAACCCAAUCAAUCAUAAACCUUAAAAUAAAACUUUGUUUAUUUCAUAAAGGACAUUUUCCCUUAUUUUCUUUUGAAUUAUUUCCUACUACUUCGAAAGCGAGCUACGAAAACUUUUCCCUGUACUGACCUUGAUUUUUCAAUUGUCUCCUUGCUUUGGUAAGAUGGGUUCAGUUGAAACCAGUAAACCCCAUGCUGUUUGCGUUCCAUUUCCAGCACAAGGCCAUGUCAGCCCAAUGAUGCAGUUGGCUAAGCUCUUACACUCAACAGGCUUCCAUAUAACCUUUGUUAACACUGAGUUCAACCAUAGGCGAUUGAUCAGGUCCAAAGGUCCAGACUCUGUUAAAGGGCUGCCUGAUUUCCGGUUCGAAACCAUUCCAGAUGGGCUGCCACCCUCUGAUCGUGAUGCAACACAGGAUGUUCCGGCUCUAUGUGAUUCAACACGAAAGAAUUGUUUGGCUCCAUUUUUAGAGCUAGUAGCAAAGUUAAAUUCCUCACCCCAACUGCCGACUGUUACUUGUAUAAUUUCGGAUGGAAUUAUGAGCUUUGCUAUUAAGGCAGCUGAAGUACUUGGCAUACCAGAAGUGCAAUUUUGGACUGCCUCAGCUUGUAGCUUCAUGGGAUAUCUGCAAUUCAGCGAACUACUUGAAAGAGGCAUUAUUCCAUUCGAAAAUGAAAACUUUCUUAGUGAUGGAACUCUUGAAACACCAAUAGAUUGGAUCCCUGGAAUGAGCAACAUUCGCCUUAGAGAUAUUCCAAGCUUUAUUAGAGCCAACAAUCCGGACGAUAUUAUGUUUGAUUUCAUGGGAUCAGAAGCACGAAAUUGCCUAAAAGCUCCAGCAAUCAUUUUCAACACAUUUGAUGAGUUUGAACAUGAAGUGCUAGAGGCAAUCGCUGCCAAAUUCCCUCGAAUUUAUACAACAGGGCCAAUACCCUUGCUUUCCAGGCACAUGCCUGAGAGUCCAUCAAAGUCAAUAAAUUCAAGCCUAUGGAAAGAAGACACAAAUUGUAUUCAAUGGCUUAACAAAAGGGAACCAAAUUCAGUUGUGUAUGUGAAUUAUGGCAGUAUAACUGUCAUGUCAGAGCAGCAUCUGAUAGAAUUUGCCUGGGGGCUUGCUAAUUGUAAGCACCCAUUUUUAUGGAUCGUUAGGCCUGAUGUUGUGAUGGCUGAUUCCGCCGUUCUGCCUGAAGAGUUUUUCAACGAGAUUAAGGAUAGAGGAUUGAUAACAACCUGGUGCUCCCAAUAUCAGGUUCUUUCACAUCCUUCAGUUGGUAUUUUCCUAACACAUUGUGGGUGGAAUUCUACCCUGGAAGCCAUAUGUGGAGGAGUCCCUGUCAUAUGUUGGCCAUUUUUUGCUGAUCAACAAACAAAUUGUCGGUAUGCUUGCACCACUUGGGGCGUUGGCAUGGAGGUUGAUCAUGAUGUAAAGCGAGAGAACAUUGAGUUUUUAGUUAAGGAAAUGAUGGAAGGGGAUAAAGGAAAGAAAAUGAAGGAGAAGGCUUUGGAAUGGAAGAAGAAAGCAGAAGCAGCUACUGAUGUUGGCGGAUCAUCUUACAAUGAUUUUGAUAGAUUUGUUAAGGAAGCUCUCUAUUAUAGUUAUUUGGAAAUGUUUGUUGAAGCAGAAAGUGCACCAGUGGACUACUACAAAAAUAACCCACUAGGGUAAUUCAUAUUGCCUCUACGUUUCACUUUAUUAUCGUCCUGUGUUUCCUUCUAUUUAUUGUAUUAGCAAGAGCUGAAAGGAUUUCUAUUUUACUUGUAAGUUUUUAAUGGUGCCAUUGUAUAAUCAAUAAAAUCAAAGUAUAUCUAUGGUAUCAGGCAAUAUAAAUAUUUUAAAAUCUAUUGAGGAUAAUCAA